GUCUCAUUGUUUCUACUGAUAAUCAAGUGUAAGUCGAGCAAUUAAGGCCAAUAAAUGACUGCUAUACUCGACUGUUUCAAACAAGCCUGGACUUCUAUUCUUGGAAUGUUUACAGGAUGUUGUGGCAAGACUAGUGAGACUCCAACGUCCACGACAUUGGAGAUCAGCACCGGUCCAGAUGGUGAAGUAAAUGUGACCACCCUUGCUAAUCAACCUGAUAUUAGCAGUGGUGGUGGUGGAUCCACGCAUGAAACCCCCCUUGAAACUGCGGCAAAAACCAGUGGUGGAACCAGUGACAUGCUUGCUGCUAGUAUGAUCAGCAGCGGUGGUGGUGGCAGUACACAUGACACAACCCUUUGAGCCAAUCAGUCAGUCGUGUGGAGAUGAUGGCGUUGUGUGACCAUUGUAAUGAAAGGUUGUCGAGAAUUUGAGGUCAGAUAGAUCAUGUAUAGAUUGAACCUACAACUAAUCGUGUUUUAUUUGUUUAAGGAAUAAUUUUCAUCUUUAUCCAAAUCUCAUGUCCCUUGAUCAUUUCCACCAAUCAAACUAAGACACGUAUUUACAGAAAGAAUACAAAAGCGAAUUAAAAAUAAUGAUGUGUUUUAUUCUGAUUGGUAGAACAUAAGAUCUGUGGACAUGUGAGUAUAUUCUUGUUUAAGAGUGUUUCUAUUUGCACCCCUUUUGGGUCGGUUCGGAGUACUAAAAGUACAAAAAAUAAAGUGUGACGUUGAUGUACGUAAGAGAAAAAUGAUAAGAAGGAGGUCAAAACAUAAGUAGAUGAGAGUUUAUUUAGAAUCAUCGUUUGUUUAAUAUGUAAUUGUAUUUGUAUUUAUAUAUGGUUGUAAAGUCUUUCUUUAUGUAUGUAUGAAUGCACAUUGAGAAUUGAGAGUA